AUGGCUUCCCGAGUAGACCAGUCGCUGUGCCUCAGGGAAGUCGACAGUCUCUCGGACAAUGCUGUGCUUUUUGAUGCUAUUUCAACCAGGGAUGCCGACCAACACGAUAUGAUUACAUUGAAGGGAAGUGUGUGUCAGCUUACAAUCAAUAAAUACGAAGAACUUCUGUCGGAAUAUCAAGAGGACCAGAGAGCGCAGAAGGAGCUACAACUUCUACAAGGCUGGCAGCGAAAGAAAGUGCAACCCCGUCGGACGGUUACAAGCUUUGCUGAUCUCAUGCUUGCUCCUCCACCUCCUGAAGAGGGCAUCCUGUUAGGCGGAUACGUUCUUGAACCUGUGACAGAGGACGACCUAAAUAUGGCGAUGUAUGAGCCCAAGUCUUUCUACCAAUUGCAAAGAGAAGAGCACAAUGAACGGAUGGAAUUGCUGGCUGGCAAACAGCACAAGCUUCUCAACUCAUUGGAUGACGAGGCGCUGAGCGCGUUGAACAAAGGCGCUGGGGUGCUUGGACAGCUUGUGGAGCAGGUCGCCGGCAAGGCGGGCGGCAUGAGUGAAGCAGUUAAGAAAGUUGGACAGGAUGCUCUGGCUAUUGCCGCAUCGCGUGCGCCCGAAGAGUCUUCUGGCUACGUGAACCUCAGAACUGGCCUCCCGUGUAUCCCGUCGCCUGACCAUGUCUACUGCGUGGCCACGCCGACCACAACGACCACAGAGGCUCCUCCAUCACUGAUUGAGCUCCGAAAGUACAAGCGAAAAAGGGAAGAAGAGGCUGAGAAAAGACGCAGGGUCGAGCUGGAAAUCCAUCGUGAGCAGCAGCAGCGCCAGUACAAUCCGUAUGACCAGCCCGUGUACUUUGAGGAUGAAGAUAGUCAGCCGAUGAAACCUAUAGAUGCGUUCAAAAAGAAGAUGUCCUUGAACAGAGAGAAAGCUGGCGAGAUGGAGGAGCAUCUGGCUGGUGUUGCGACUAUGCAGGAGGCACCCACGAUUCUCAAAUUUGCCAAGCAUACCGCUCAAAAUCAUGAGCAGCAAGUCUCUUUCUCAAGCGGUUCGAUGUCGGAGACUCCUCUAACGGUGAAUAACGCCUUACUGGUUGCAAGACGAUACGACCGCAGGUUCUCCGAAACUGACCCACAUCUUGCCUCUCAGUUUGCGACCGCUCAGGAAUUCUUCAGCGGGUUGCCUGGGGAAACCACCGCAGAAGAGGCCGCAGUACCGCGCCUGUUGAAAGACUACAGUAUGACGUCAUACGUGGCGGGGUCUCCAGCACCAGGAGGACGAACUAGAGUGCUCGCUACGGCCCAGAUAUCAGAACAGCAUUUCCUAGAAGAGCCGUGUUCGGUCGUUCCCUACCGACCAGGACAAGCGAGUGGACGAAAAGAAACAGAUGCAACACGGUCCACAAGACGAUCUGACAGAAUCAUAGAUUCGCUUCCUUUUCUUCGCGACAUGAGAAAAAGCAACUUGCCGACUACUCCUGAGUUCGUUCGUGAUCGAUCGGCAGAACCUGCCACUUCUCGCAGUUCUAAAACGCACCCACCAGUAGCGUCUCGACCAGAUGACGGUUCGUUUCCUGACCUCACUUCACCAGGAGAAGCACAGGCGAGGAACCUAAGGAGGAGCGAUGGUAGACAGUCGGGUUUCUCCUCCAUUCCACCUACGGGCUCCAGCUACGGGACCCCCCCCGAAACGCGUGCCGGAACCAAACCAGGAGACGAACACAAGGACAGUAGCUUCAUUAUUCAAGGUGCGCGACAGUUCCAGUCUCGUAUUCAGGCCACGAUGAUAACCCCAAAAGAACUAUCAAAAUACACACAGGGGAACAAGCCGUCAAGCCUGGCGUCCAGCGAGGACCUUAUGAAGACAGAAAAGGAGCGUGCAAAGAGAGAAAGGCAAGAGCAGCGUCUCUCUCGGCUGAUUGACAACUUUACGGCUGCGAGCUAUGCGGAGGAGCUCCGCAACGCCGCACGCGCGACUGGCGAUCCCUUGCCCUCAGAUGCGGUCGUUGGCCCUUUUCUUCGAGCCUCUGCUCUGCCGCCCUUCUUGAAAGAGAAGGUUGAGCGCACUCAGCACCGCAAAGAGCAAAAGAGGGAAGAGAAAGAUGCGCGGCAGGAAAGCAACAGGGAAGAGCGGCAAGCAGCACACGACACCGCGCGUGUCCAACAGCUAGAGAGUAACCUCUCAGACCUGACAUUAACUUUCAUCAGAGGGUACCUGAACAGCGACACGUCAUACUCGCCUAACGAAAACUCGAAACUUGGCUCCAAAGGAAAGCUCGAAAAAGAAUAUUUCCCCUCAGAAGAUCAAACUCUACAGCCACUCCAGGUGAGGAGUGAUACGAACAACUCCACUGAUGGCGCUUCUAGACAGCCGUCGUCUCGGGUGGGAGAUUUUUCUGACCUCGCUAACCAGCGAUCGGGCAUAACAGCACGUUCCAGAGAACAUGAUGGAAUGGCCGGGAAGGAACGUAAGCAUAUCGAAAGUUCAAGCUCGCCGUUCCCCGAGAAAGAUCAGGGUAUGCUGCUCCACGAACUACACUCAGCGCGUGUGGUGUGGCUCGACGGCGAAGACAAUGAGAACCCGUUCCAGAUACAUCCCCGAGUGUAUAGGAUAUUACCCAGUAAUAUCGACGCAAGCUUCUUCUAG